AUGUAUACCCUGCAUCAGGAAGCCGCCCAGCGCAAUACAGCGCUCAUGGGUGUUGAAGCUAUGGAGGCUGGCAGGCAUCUGCUUUGUGCAGCGACAUUUCUGGGAUGCGAUCCUACUGGUGUGGAGAAUGCAGUUUCCAUGGUCGAGCCCCGAAGAAUGUCAGCUCAGGUUCUUGCGGAGAAAGCUGUUGCAACGUGUGGUGACGUUCCGCCAGAUUUGAACAUGGACUGGUUUGGUGUCUGCAGUAAUGCAAUCUGGGAGUGGACGGAGGCUGAGUACAUGGUGUCGGCUAAACUAUUUAUGACAAAUUCUGGCCAGCCGCAGUUGUCUGAUGAUGCUGACAAGCUUAACCUUCGCAAGACAGAUUCUGCUGUUGGAUAUGGUGCUGUGGUUUAUCCCUCAACUUUCAGCCCUGGCAGAAUAUGCGAGCUAAGCAGCACGCGCAUGCCCAGCAAAUAUUCCGAGUUUGGCAUGCAGCCUGUGUUCAGCGGCGAAGCUUUUCACGACGUCUCCUGGGUAGAUGUCAACAACCUUCGAACUCGCCACUUGAGCUCCAUUUCGCUUCUGGAAGCUCUUGAAAAUGGAGCUGCUUUGCAGGCAAGGCAUCCAUGGGGCCUGUCUCGGGUUGCCAUCAACCUUGGAGGUGGAGACGGUGCAUGCCGGGUAGGGCAUGGCCUGGAUCCUGUGAACUGCUUCUUCCCACAAGGAUUCGGCGGCGUGGUCUUUGAAGCAAACAGGUCUUUGGAGCAAGCCCUGACCGACAAUCUGGCGCAGUUUGCGCCUGGUGUGCAGAUCGUUUUGGAAGCAGCAGCCGAAGAGACAGUGUCCGAAAGGCUGGAGGAAGCCUUGUCAAGGCGACCAUUUCAAGUUUCAAAAGAUGAGGUUGACAUCAUCAAGGUGGACGUCGAUGGCCCAGACUGUCAUUUGGUGCGAGGGCUCUCGAGAGCAGGUUGGAGACCAAAAAUCUGGCACGUGGAAGUCAAUCCCCUGUUCCCACCGGGCAUUACUGUGUGGCCACACGGCCCUAGUCUGGGCUCGCAGACAACAGUGAAUCGGCAAGGGGACUUGAGUUCUGCAUUUUCGCGUCGCGGAGCUGUGCAUGAGAAGCAGGCUCUUGUAGGCUGCUCAGUGCAAGCGCUGCUGGACUCAGCCGGACCUGAGUAUGUGUUCCUCCAUAUGGAGUUUGAAAAUGCGGUUCUUCUUCGAGAAGACAUCUCAACUGCAUUGGAGCCAUGGCUCUCAUCUCGAGACAUCGUGCAGAAGUGGCGCGAUGGCUAUUUCUGUCAUCCGAUGGCACGUGUCCGAAUGCCGCACGACAAAGACCAGGACUCUCUUUUCCUACACUACGACUUCAGGCGUUGGGGAGAUCCCACUCUCUCCAAAGAGCAGCUUGUCCUGCUGGUACAGGACUUCCUGGAGUCCUUUGUCCAAGACGGAACUUACAGCUUCCAGGCGGUCUUGCCAUCCCCCUCUCACUCGGCACAGCAAUCUCGGCCAGAAUCUGAUGGGAAGCUUUGGGCUCGUCGCUCGCACGUUGAGGACGUCAACUGCGACACGACCUCCAAGAGCUAUGUUUUUCAGUGGCAGAUCAUUCAGGAUAAUAUAGAGCGCUUGCUAUCUUCUUGGGCCACCGGCGAUGGCCAUGUGGAAGGUGUGCUGACUGCCUUGGUGGAAAACUUUGCCAGCCAGCUUAACAUUGACAGGGCGUGGUCGAUCUUCAAGUCAGUGGCUGCGGCAGAGUGUCCUCUGGGAGGCAUUGCUAUUGCAGCGGCUAUGCGAUGGCGCUGCCAAUCGAACUUCUGGAAGGACAACCCCGUCUUCCCGGCCACCGCAGAUCUGUUGGCAGCCAUGGGUCGACAGCUGCCCCUGGUCUUCCGCAACAGAUCCAGUCAACAGACGGAAAUGGAUUUUGCGAGGACUAUGUUCGCAGCACCGUUAGGCUGUGAGCCUGUUCUGAUGCGCUACAUCGAGACGUCGCUUCGAAGAAUACCGCUAGACGUGGUGCUUCGGUCGAAGUGGCCAAUCUUUGAGCUGCUGAGCUCCAUGCACUCAGAAAGCGAAAGAUGGCCGCGCGACUAUCCUUGA